GGAUGCGGGGAACGGAGAUAGGGAAGAAGCAGGGAAAAGGAAUGGAGGGCGUGGAGGGUUAGGGAUGAAUCCGGGAGCCGGCCCCACUGGAGCAGCGAUCCUGGUGGGAUUUGUGGCAGGGAGAAGCCACAGGCAUCGCCUUCCAGCCCUGCUGUGGGUGGGAUGUCUGGGAGCAGAGCCCCUUCCUGAGGGCUGGAGGCGCCGACCCUGACAGCCAGCUGUAUGAUAUGGGAUAUACCCCCGAGGAGGAAGCCCCGGCCUGUCCCGAUGAGUUUGAUGAUUUCGUCACGUUUGAGGCAAAUGAGGUGACUGACAGUGCCUACAUGGGCUCGGAGAGCACCUACAGCGAGUGCGAGACCUUCACGGAUGAGGACACCAGCACCCUGGUCCAGCACGAGAUGCACGACGAGGUGGAGACCGACAGCGCCAUCGACUCCACCGUGCACUCGGAAUUCACGGAUCCCAUCGAGGAGCCGGAGCAUGGAUCCCAUCCCCACGAGCUGGCCCUGGGCUCCGAGCUCAGCCACUCCAUCGUCACCGUCAUCAGCGGGGAGGAGCAUUUCGAGGAUUACGGGGAAGGGAAUGAGGCCGAUCUGUUCCCAGACCCUCUGUGUAAUGGGGAAAGCAGCUUUGGCAGCUCCUCCUUCCUCUCUCCCAGCACCGAUCCGCUCGCUGCGAAACUGCACAGCAUUCUCGCAGAUGAAGCUUUUGAGUUUUACUGUAGCCAGUGCCACAAACAAAUCAACCGCCUCGAGGAUCUUUCUGCUCGUCUGAAUGAUCUUGAAAUGAAUAGCCCAAAUAAAAGACUCUCCAGCAAGAAAGUGGCAAGGCAGCUGCACCAGACGAGCUCGUUGGCCGUGGGGGUGAUGGAGGAAUCCUACCGGGAGAACCUGGAGUGCACGGACGAGGACAUCACGGACAAGGUGGUGUUCCUGGAGAAGCGGGUGACAGAGCUGGAGAAGGACACGGCUGCCAACGGGGAGCAGCACAGCCGCCUCCGGCAGGAGAACCUGCAGCUGGUGCACAGAGCAAACGCGCUCGAGGAGCAGCUGAAGGAGCAGGAGCUGAGGGCUGACCAGACCCUGCUGGAGGAGAUCAAGAAGCAGAGGGAGCUGCUCAGCAAAAUGGAGAGGGAGAAGAGCAUUGAGAUCGAGAACCUGCAGGCCAGGCUGCAGCAGCUGGAUGAUGAGAACAGUGAGCUGAGGUCCUGUGUCCCCUGUCUGAGAGCCAACAUCGAGAGGCUUGAGGAGGAGAAGCAGAAGCUGCUGGAUGAGAUCGAGGACCUCACUGUGCAGCUCACAGAGGAGCAGGAGAAAAAGAGGAAGAUGGGGGACAAGCUGAGUCAGGAGAGGCACCAGUUCCAGAAGGAGAAGGAGUCGACGCAGGAGCUCAUUGAGGACCUCAGGAAGCAGCUGGAGCACCUGCAGCUCUUCAAGCUGGAGGCGGAGCAGCGCAGGGGCCGGAGCAGCAGCAUGGGGCUGCAGGAAUACAACAGCAGGACACGGGAGACAGAGCUGGAGCAGGAGAUCAAGCAGCUCAAGCAGGAUAACAGGAACCUGAAGGAGCAGAACGAUGAACUGAACGGGCAGAUCAUCAACCUGAGCAUCCAGGGAGCCAAGAACCUGUUCUCAGCCUCCUUCUCUGAGUCCCUGGCAGCGGAGAUCAGCUCUGUCUCCAGAGAUGAGCUCAUGGAAGCAAUCCAGAAGCAGGAGGAGAUCAACUUCCGCCUGCAGGAUUACAUCGACAGGAUCAUCGUGGCUAUCAUGGAGACCAACCCCUCCAUCCUGGAAGUCAAGUAAGGGCUGCGCUCCUCGCUGGAUUUGGUGCUCUGAGAGGAUGAAGAGGGACUCCAAACGUCUUUGCACUUGAUGAAGGCACAAGGAAGCCUCAGCUCGGGGGGUGACUGAGCCACGGACCAGGGAAAAGGAAAGCCAGCAGCCAGGCUGUGCUGUCUGACUCCGUUAUUUUGAAGCCCUUCUGGCUGUGGAGGGCGAAAGGGAACCUGGAGAAGCUCAGGAAAGGGACACUGCAGGAAGUGCUGGGGACUGUCCCGACAGGCACCGCUCCAAGGGACGCUCCGAACCG